AUGAGCACAUCAACCCCACCUUCGCCGCCACUCUCCAUAGUCAAGAGGCUGACCAACGUCUCGUGCGGUGCUGACCCUCGAAUGCCCGCUGGCGCUUGGGACUCACAUCUUCACAUCAUGGAUCCAGUGCGCUACCCUCCAGUUGAAAACAUUCCCUACAAACCAGCCGUUUAUAAUCUCUGGGGCAAUGCCAUCUUCGAGAACAGCAUUGGCUGCGAUCAUGUCUUUUUUGUCCAGACGGCAACGCACGGUUAUGAUCUGACAUUGAUGUUGGAUUCCAUGCGUGCCGUAGGAAAUGAACGAGCAUUGGGACUUGCGUUGUUCGACCCAAAUACCACCUCACAUGAGCACAUUCGUAGGUGGAACUACGAGGGUGUUCGCGCCGUGCGUGUCAAUCUCGUGACUUAUGGUGAUGACACGCCGAUCGAUGAGCUGAGGGAUCAGAUUGAAAAGUACGUCGAGCUUAUCAAGCCUUUUGACUGGGUUCUUCAGCUGUACACCAAGAUGGAGCGCAUCAUCGAGCUCGAAGACUUUCUGCCCAGUCUAGGCGUGCGUGUCGUCUUCGACCACUAUGGCGAUCCUGUUCUGCCGAAAUCAUCUGACCCCAUCAACCCUUACGACAUCAAAGGGUUCGAAUCUCUGGUGCGACUCUUGAAAAUAGGAACGACAUGGGUAAAGAUCUCUGGCGCGUAUCGUCUCAGUCACGUUGACUCGGACAUCUGGGAGGAUCUUGACCCUGUGACUCUAGAACUUUUUGAGCAAGCGCCUAAGCGAGUGGUAUUCGGGUCUGACUGGCCCCAUACUCGGUUCGAAGGGCUGGAUGUUAGGCCUUGGGUGUCUCAUCUGCUAGAUCUGACUGAGGGAAAGCAAUGGCUGAGAGAGAGACUCUUCAGGGAUAAUGCCUUGGAACUUUGGGGAGUGAACAAGACCAAGUCCGCUUGA